CACGCCAGCAGCGCACGCGAUGACGUUUGCCACCUUUUACGAUCUCUGAGCUGUGAUACGACACCGUAAGCACCACUACAUCGUUCUAUCACUCGCGUGGAAAACGCCGGAUCCGUCAUCAUCAUCAUCGUAGAAAUCCUGUUUGAAUUGACCACGACGACUAUUUCCUUCUGUCUGCAGGUCAACGCCUUAGCUUUCAGCGUCGACAAUCCAUACUCCAGAGCACAAUGGGACUGACGAUUAGUGGAAUGUUGACCCGCCUGUUUGGCAAAAGGCAAGUACGUAUUCUGAUGGUAGGUCUUGAUGCAGCUGGUAAGACAACGAUCCUGUACAAGUUGAAAUUGGGUGAAAUUGUGACUACUAUCCCAACAAUUGGCUUCAAUGUCGAAACCGUUGAAUACAAGAAUAUUUGCUUUACUGUGUGGGACGUUGGUGGUCAGGAUAAGAUCCGUCCACUCUGGAGGCACUACUUUCAAAAUACCCAAGGCCUCAUUUUUGUUGUCGAUAGCAACGAUCGCGAGCGUAUUGGGGAAGCCGAGCGUGAAUUGGCAAAUAUGUUGAAAGAAGACGAGCUGAGGGAUGCUGUGCUGCUGGUGUUUGCCAACAAACAGGAUUUACCCAAUGCAAUGUCUGCUGCUGAAUUAACAGACAAAUUAGGCCUGAAUGCUUUAAGAGGACGUCAUUGGUACAUCCAAAGUGCCUGCGCUACUCAGGGUCAUGGGUUGUAUGAAGGCCUUGAUUGGUUGAGCAACGAACUGGCUAAGAAGUGAUGGGAUGUAGGAUGGUGCAUCUAUGUGUGUAUGUGUGCUGCGUUCUGGAGAUUCCCUAUGUUGGAAGGGACACUCUUUUUUAUUAGAAAGUGCGUUGUGACCUUCUCUUUUUACCUCUCCUAGGCCAAGUGCAUAAGAAUCAUUUGGCAAAUGAGAUUCUUAGUGUUCUUUCUUUUUCUGAGGAAGUUAGCUAUUUAAUGGGUUUUUAUUAAAGUAGUAUUUGUAACAUGAGAGCAACAUUCCUAUUGCAUAUAUUUUAUACAAGAGCAAAUUUAGAUUGUCAGAAUAGUGUAAGCUUAACAAAUUUUCUAAAUGAUUUAAUAUGCACUUGAGCCUUUGGAUAAUUAUUAAUUAAAAAUAAUUUUCGAGUAUGAUGGAUUAAAUGUUGAAAUAUAGUGUGCAAAUAAAGGUCAAAAUACAAUAAGAAUCUCGUGAAUAUACAAGGAGAUGUACAUUGGUUAUCUAAGUUUUUGCAAAACUAAUGUUAAUCAAUAUAUUGUUUUGGUGGGGAGAAUCUGAAUACACGCGCAUACUUACGUGUUUUCCAUACACAUUCUAAACAUAAUAAUAGGCUUUUACUCACUCUUGCAAUGAAAUUCAUGUAUUGAUGUUUUUCUUUCUUUUAUAAGAUUAAUUGUUUGUACAUUAAGAAUAAAAUAGUGCAUAAGCCAAAUAUUAUGAUAAACAAGGAAAUAGAUAAACAUCAUUAUCACGCUUCUUCACUCAUCUAGCUUGUCAGGAGAACAUGUGGAUUACAGAUUCUUGUAUAUUACUUAUUUUGGUUUCGUUUUAAUUUACAAAAUUAAAACAAUAUAUGAUUAGGUCACUCUAGAACUCGUUUUUUGCAUUAUAUUGUACUGAUCUAUAUCCAUUGUAAAAAAAAUUUUAUGAUAGUUGAAUUUCCUCUUCUUUGAAAAAUUUGGACGUACAGAAUUUCAGUUAAAAAAUUAAAUGUAUUGUCAACAAAACUUUAGGUCAAUGGUAUGUGAAAUUCGAGUAUUAAUUAUUUGCCUGUAUUGCAAUUUUUAUUAAGACUAAAUG